UUCCUCCUCCCUCUGCUCGCGCCUCGGUGGUCCUGCGGUGCCGGAGUCAGCAUCACAGCCUGGACCCGCUCAGCAGACACAGGAACAUGUUGCUUCACAAACUGUGUGUUUGGAUCCUGUCCGUCCUCGGUGGCUCCCCCCUGGGUUCUGGAUUUGUGUACGACCGGCCCAAACGUUCAGGAGAGGAUGGGACCUCAGCCAGGACCGAGUCUCGCUCGGCACCUCAGUACGUGGCGUCCUCCGGCUCCUGCAGGAACAGGUGCUUCGAGCUGCUGGAGCUGGACCCCCCCAGCUGCCGCUGUGACAACCUGUGCAAGACCUACAACAGCUGCUGCUGGGACUUUGACCAGCUGUGCCUCCGGACAGAGGGGGGUUAUGAGUGCAGUAAGGAUCGAUGUGGGGAGACUCGGAAUGAGCAACACGCCUGCCACUGCUCUGAGGACUGUCUGGCCCGAGGAGACUGUUGUACCAACUACAGGAAGCUCUGUAAAGGAGACUCUUCGUGGCUGCAGGACGAGUGUGAGGAGAUCAAGACACCUGAAUGUCCAGCUGGGUUCGGGCGGCCGCCGCUCAUCAUGCUGUCUGUGGACGGAUUUAGAGCUUCUUUUGUGAAGAGAGGAAACACUGUCAUACCCAACAUCGAGAAACUGAGAACAUGUGGAACCCAUGCUCCAUACAUGAGGCCUGUUUACCCGUCAAAGACCUUCCCCAACCUCUACUCUCUUGCUACCGGUCUCUACCCAGAGUCUCAUGGUAUCAUUGGUAACUCCAUGCAUGACCCUGUUUUUGAUGCCACCUUCACCCUGAGGAGCCGAGAGAAACUCAACCAUCGCUGGUGGGGAGGACAGCCAAUCUGGAUCACCGCGCUCAAACAGGGAGUAAAGGCUGCCACCUUCUUCUGGCCUGUGUCCAUCCCGUUGGAGAGGCGGAUUCUGACCAUGCUGCAGUGGCUCCACCUCCCUGAAGGCGAGAGGCCCUACGUGUACGCCAUGCACUCUGAGCAGCCGGACACAUACGGACACAAAGUGGGGCCCAUGAGCGCAGAGCUGAACAGCCCCCUGAGGCUGAUUGACAGGAUCGUUGGCCAACUGAUGGACGGACUGAAACAGAUGAAACUGCACCGCUGUGUCAACAUCAUCCUGGUGGGGGACCAUGGUAUGGAAGAGGCCCACUGUGAUCGCACCGAGUUCCUCAGUAACUACCUGAGCAAUGCUGAUGACAUCAUCCUUAUCCCGGGGUCUCUUGGCAGAAUACGCUCGAGAUUCCCCAACAACCCUAAAUAUGAUGCCAAGGCUGUUGUUGCAAAUCUAACAUGUAAGAGAGCAGAUCAGCACUUUAAGGCGUACUUGAAGCAGCACCUGCCCAAGAGACUGCACUACGCCAACAACCGACGCAUAGAGGACAUCCACCUGCUGGUGGAGAGGAAGUGGCACGUUGCCAGGAAGGCCCCUGAGGGGAAGAGGCACUGCGGCUUCGCUGGUGACCAUGGAUACGACAAUAAGAUCAACAGCAUGCAGACUAUUUUCUUGGGGUAUGGACCUACAUUUAAAUUCAAGACUAAAGUCCCAGCCUUUGAAAACAUAGAGCUUUAUAACGUCAUGUGUGAUCUUCUGGGUCUGAAACCAGCUCCCAAUAAUGGAACCCAUGGCAGUAUGAACCACCUGCUGAGGAGCCCCCCCCACAGAGCCACCAUGCCGGAGGAGGUUUCCAGACCAGUGGCCUCGGCUCUGGCUCCGACAGGAACCGACGACCUGGGCUGCAACUGCGAUGACAAGUUGCGUGUAAAAAGUAGGGGCCAGAGAGGUUUGAAAGUGACCCUUGUACGAGGCUAUAACCUGGAGCAUCUGUGGCUCUGUCUCUUACAGAACAAAGUGGAGGAGCUAAACCAGCGACUGAGGCAAGCUAUCGAUGACAGCAGGAACCUGCCAUACGGUCGCCCUGCUGUCCUCUUCAGAACCAAAUACUUCAUCCUGCACCACAGCGACUACAUCAGCGGCUACAGCGAGGCCCUGUCCAUGCCUCUGUGGACGUCAUACAGCGUCAGCAGACAGGUAGAUGUGUCCCCUCUGCCUGAAGCUCUGUCUAACUGUGUGCGCGCUGACAGCAGAGUCCCCCCCACCUACAGUCAGUCAUGCACCAACUACAGAGCCGACAGACAGAUCACCUACGCCUUCCUGUACCCCCCUCAAUUGUCUUCAAGCAUAGAGAAAAAAUAUGAAGCUGUCCUCAUCACCAACACUGUGCCCAUGUACCCUGCAUUCAAGAGAACAUGGGGUUACUUCCAGAGAGCGCUGGUGAAGAAAUAUGCCACUGAGAGAAACGGAGUGAAUGUGCUCAUUGGACCCAUUUUUGACUACGACUAUGAUGGCAUCAGGGACUCUACGGAGAAGAUAAAAGAGUUUGUCAGUGGGAUGAUCCCCGUCCCCACUCACUACUUCGUGGUGCUGAGCAGCUGCUUGGACUUCACUCAACCUGCAGACGCCUGCAGCGGGCCACUCAGCAGCACCGCCUUCAUCCUGCCGCACAGAGCCAGCAACGACGAGACCUGCAACAGCUCAGAGGAGGAGUCCCGGUGGGUGGAGGAGCUGAUGAAGAUGCACACAGCGAGGGUCAGAGAUGUGGAGAUCCUGACCGGUUUGGACCUGUACCGCAGAACCACCCGCAGCUACGCCGAAAUCCUGUCGCUCAAGACCUACAUGCACACCUAUGAGAGCGAGAUCUGAAAACAACUGCUCCGCUCAAUGUCCUGUGAUGUUUCUAACCGUGGUGGAUGUUUGUGGUACCAGGAAGAGGUGUGAUCCUCUCUAUGACACUGACCUACACAGCUGGAGCUGGAGCUGAUGCUUUCACUGUACAGCAGCAUCCACGUGUGACCCUCUCACUUCCUCCAUAGUGUUCUCCAAAUAUCAAAAAGUUCAUCUUCUAGCAUGUGAUACAUGAUAGCAGCACACAUGGGCCUUCCCCUUUAGUCAUUUACUGACGAUACACCCAGGUUUUGAGUUUUUUUGUAUAAACAUUUGAAUUGUUUUUUGCAAACAUCAUUCCCUAUUUGCAAAAGUGAUUAUUUUAUAGUAAAAGACCUUGAAUUGCACUACAAAGCCAUCAUCACCAAAGCCUCCUCUCAGUUUUCAGGAUGUGACAGCUCCACUCUGAUUCACACAGUGUUUAAUUUUGGUUGUGAAUGAAAUGAAAAUGUUGUUGUUUGUGUGUGUACAGUGUAUAUGUUGAGGUCGAAAUGUAUUCUGUUUGUGUCUGACUGUUGAUUGUGGGUUUGUGUGUGUGUGUGUGUGUGUGUGUUGACUUUUUGUUCCGUGCACAAUAACAAUAAUGUCAAUACUCAUGAUUUAUUAAUGUGUGUCCUAAAACAUUUACCACCUGUGAGACCUAUUUAUGCUUUAUGCACAUU